CCUUCACUUUCAUUUCACACAGCAGCGGCAGGACGAGAAGCUGGAGAGUGGACUGAAUUAAACAAAAUAAUACUUAGAACUUUACUUCUUUAACAGUCUCGCUACCCAGUAAACACUGACAUUAUACAGACAUGAAGUUUGAGGAUGUGGGUGAAAACAUCUCUGACAUGGCUGGUGAAGAGCUGGAGGAUCAGUCAAAUCAGGUCGAGCCCUUGAGGAUCAUGCUUCUUGGGAAGAGUGGGGUCGGCAAGAGCUCGAGUGGGAACACCCUCCUCGGGCAACAGGUGUUUAAAUCAGACAUGAAACUGAGGAGAGUCACUAAUCACUGUGAAAAGGCGAGUGGGACCGUCAAGGAUGUGCCUAUCCCUGUGAAAGGGAAAACUAAGGAUGUGUCUUUCUCUGUGAUUGACACGCCCGGCCUUUUUGAGACAGACCGCAACAAGGAGGUAGUCGUGCGGGAUAUUCUGAAGUGUGUCAAACUCCAGGACCCAGGACCUCACGUCUUUGUGCUGGUAGUACCGGUAGGAAGGAUGACGCGGGAAGAUCAAGAUACCCACACACUGAUAGAAGCAAUGUUUGGCUCAAGCGUGUGGGACUACACCAUCGUGCUGUUCACCCAUGGGGAUCGUUUGGAAGGAAAAACAAUAAACGACAUCAUCACCGAGAGUGAGGACAACCUCCGAAACUUCAUACGCAAGUGCAGCGGCGGCUUCCACGUCUUCAACAACAAGACCCCGCAGGACCAGGACCAAGUGACGAGCUUCUUCGAAAAGGUCCAGAUCAUGGUGGCCCUGAAUGGAGGGCAUUAUUACAAACCCAAUCUGUACCCCAUCAAGGAGAGGAAGGUUAGGGAAAAACAGGAGAGCAUCCUGGCAGAGAGAAAUGCUGAGAUCAGCGGCAAGGAGACAGAGCUGAUGGAGCGUUUCCAGGGGCAAGAGCUGGAGAAGAAGAAGAAUGACCUGUGGAGGAAAGAGGAAGACAAAGCAAGAGUGGUUGCAGAAAAUUACAUCUGCAUGGUCGACUACAUUUGGAUGUUCAUCCUCAUCCUGGGAGGAAUAGGACUGAUAGGUGUGAUUUUUGGGGGACCAGUUGUGUGGCUUUCAUCGGGAGUUUUGAUUUGGAGUCUGAUUUUGUUCAAGAAGCAUAUUAUUCAUCCAGCUAUUUCAGGAAAAAUACCAUUUUUUCAGAAAAUGUAAAAUCAUUGAAUACCUUUACAUGCACACUAAUAUUCCACUUUUAUUCCAAAUAUCACAAUAUAUUUUGAAUUGGACACAGGUCAUGUAACCAGCAUAUUCUGUUAAAAUAAAUAGAAUAAAGACCUAUUCGGAAUGUAGCAUUUUCUGAUAAAGACUUGUGUGAUAUAUCGAUAUUAAUCGGGUUUUAGGAGCGUUCCUUUGACAUGUAUUCAGCGCGUAUUCAUUUAUUUUCAUUAGUCAUGUUCAGUAAGAAUAUUGUCUUUUUUAGAAUAAGGUCAAAAACUGGUAUAUUUUGUGCAUGUAAACGGCGUCAUUGUUAGUAUGCUAAUUAGUACUAAAGUCUACAAUGGAUGUUCAAUUAAGGUAGUGGGUUUUAUUUCAAAGUUCUUUUGUUUAAUACUUUAUAAUUAGAAAACGGAAGGAAAAAAACCAUGUUUUUGAUUUUAUAGCUGACUCACUCCCUUGUGAAAAAGACAUAAUCCACUCUCACAGUACAACACUAGUGUAAGCAUUGCUAAUAAGGUAUAUUAUGAUUGAAGAAGUAUCAAGUGUUCUAUCAUAAAUGAGUCUAGAAAUAAAAAAUAUUUACUCAAGCAAUUAUUCUGGGUGUUAAAUGAUUAUUUUGUAGUGUGCUAUGUGACUGUAAACGUGAUGUGAUGAUGCUCUCUGGUGGUGGGAUUAACAGAAUAACAUGUGCUGGGUGGGCCUUCAAAAUCCGCUGAACAUCAUUGAGGUGAUUCAGUAACUUGGUUUCUGUUUCAUUUCCUCUGUUGAGGGACAGCAGAGGUAAGACACUCUAAUGAUUUUAUAUUGUCAAUGGUUAUUCUGGUGAUGUUUGAACAAAUGUUAAUCUUCUGGUUUCUCUUUCUGCAGUUGUGUGAAAAUAUUGUUAAUGGCCAUAAUAAACAGACAUAAUUUCA